CUUGCUCCGGCCCACCAUUUCGGAAUGAGGCCCAUGACGAGCCCACUGCUCCUCUCCCCAUCCCCUUGCCGUCUCCUCCGGCGCCUCUUCUCCCGCGCCCCUCGCCGCCGGAACCCUACAACCCCGCGGCCCCUAGCGCCAAACCUCGGCCGCCGCCUCCCAGCAUCCAUGUCCUCCUCCAGUGCCAGGACCCCCGGCUCCGUCGUCGCCGACGCCGACGCCCUCGCUCGCAAGGUCGCCGCCAUCCGCGCCGCCGGCCCAGCGAAGCUGCAGGUGAUUGCCGACUUCGACGGCACGCUCACUCGGUACUGGUACGACGGCUCCCGCGGCCAGAGUAGCCAUGGGCUGCUCAGACAGGGGAAUGAAGAGUUCGAUGCCAAGAGGGAGGCGCUGUUCGAGCACUACCAUCCCAUCGAGAUCAACCCUGACAUCCCGCUCCCGGAGAAGGCCAGGCUCAUGGAAGAAUGGUGGGGGAAGACUCAUGGUCUCCUUAUUGAAGGUGGGCUUACACAAGAAGCUAUAAAGAAAUCGGUGGCCGAUGCUGCAAUUGCUUUUCGAGAUGGAGUGGUGGAGUUGUUUGAAUUUUUAGAGGCUAGAGAUAUUCCAGUGCUAGUGUUUUCGGCUGGACUUGCAGACAUAAUUGAGGAGGUCUUCCGGCAGAAACUCCACCGAUCAUUCAAGAACAUCAAGAUUGUGUCCAAUAGGAUGGUCUUUAAUGAAGAGGGUUGUCUUGUAGCAUUUAAAGGGAAGACGAUUCAUGUUCUAAACAAAAAUGAGCAUUCCUUGGACAUGGCAGCUCCAGUGCAUGACAGUCUGGGGGAUCCAAAUGGUUCUAUUGAUGACUAUUCAUUGGUGAAAAAGAGGACAAACGUGCUGCUACUUGGAGAUCACAUUGGAGACCUGGGAAUGUCUGAUGGUUUAAACUAUGAGAACAGGAUUGCUGCUGGAUUCCUAUUUAUGCAUCAAUUGACAAGCAACCGGUUUUGCAGGAAUACCAACAUCGAGAAAUCUCUGAAAGAUUACUCCGAGGCAUUUGACAUUGUUUAUCUGAAUGAUGCGCCGAUGCGGGGAGUUGUUGAGCUUGUGUCUGAUCUGUGUCCUUAACCGGGUCAUCUUUAGCUGAACCUAUCACCCUGAAAUCUGGGUAUUUUAUCUAUACCCGGAACUUUCUAACUUGCUAAGCUUGCUUCAUGAGAAGCACAUGUACAGCUAGGCAGCAGCCUGUAUCAAAUGAUUAUGAUGUACCCAAUUCCUAGGCAUGCCAUGGUUUUCUU